AUGGAAGACCACACUAUUACUAGCACGACUAGAGAUUCCAACACAACCACAGCCACACCAACAAGUUCAUCAGUAGAACGAAAUGAACCAAGUGGUAGUGUGUUUUCCAUUACAGCACCAAAUACAAUUCAAAGCAUGGAUCCAAAUCAGGUAACUCGUACAUCAGACCACUCCAAACAAUAUCAUGAAACACCCCAACCUGUACAGAACAUGGAAAGAUCUACCUCAGUCCAUGACCACGUUCCAUACGAGUCGAUGGCAACCACUGAAAACAUCAUGUCCAACACGAUUAGUAAAAACGAUGGACACUGCAGCUCAAUCCAAGUCAAGUCAGGCAACCCAAGUGCGCACUUGGAUUUUCAAACCAUUCAACCUGAAACAACAAUGCUGCAGCGCAUGGCCACCCAUACACAUGAAUCAUCAUCACCCAAACCAUCAUCCUUCUUUGGAGAUGGAAUGGUGUCAUCCUCCUCGUGCAUGAAACCCCUACGAACAUACUCAGAGGAUGACCAAGUCGAAGCAACACCACAACAACUACGACCACUCCAUGUUGGCACUUCCCAUGCACAAUCAUCACCUCCAUUUGUACCAGUCAUGAACCCAAACAACACCAACAACAACUCCGUCCGUAACUUCCCGUCGGGGAAAAACGAAGCAGAAGAACAUCAAACGACUACAACUGCCAAUAACUGCAACAAUCAGAAGAAAAUGAUGGAGCAGAAGAACAGCUGCAACUACACUGCAGCUGCUGCUCGUACCGAUCUAGAGUCUUCCUCAAAUAUUACUAUUCCUACGACUAUUACUACUGAAAAUUCUCACCCUACAAUAUCAACAACAACCACUACGGAUUACUAUCAACAAGCACCACUUCCUUCCCUAUUCUCUUCAUCAUCAAGCUCGGGUUUUCUUUCUCAACAAGCACCUCAAUUCCGUCCUCUAGUCUCAGCAACGUCCAUGACUUGUUUGCCUCCUCCUUCCUUGCUCUUAUUACAAGAACAUGAACAACAACAACAACAGGGGAGGAUGAUAUCAUCCAUACCUCCAUGGAUGCAUCAACCUCAGAGUAGUCAGACCGAAUCAAGUGGAAGUACCACCACCACCACGACUACUGAAUCUAUCCAGAUUGGAGAUGACAAUAGCCAUGUCCACAGACGGAUGCAUGCAUCUAGUGGUGGUGCUGGAGUUGUUCAUGGAGGUACCAUGCCCAUACCUGUUUCGAACGUGCAUCUAACGUAUCCAACCUUGCAUCCACCAUCAUCGUCAUCAGCAGCAACACCGCCACCACAACAACAAAAUACCAAUGCGGAUGGAUCAGUCCAUUCCACCACUAAAUUCAACAACAAAAUGAUGACGAAUAGAGAAGGAGGAAACACCAACCACACGUCCAACACGAUUAGUAAUAGUACGAGUAGUAGUAGCAGAAAUCAAAAUGUAUCCAAACAAAAAUCGGCUACCACGAUGAAACAAGACGGUAAAAAGGCAAUGAACAAUCAUAACAUGGGGGAUGGCACAUUGAGUGAGAGUAAAACAUGUGUCAUUUGUGGAAAAGCAGAUACAGGCAACAAGUACAUUAGCUACACCAUAAACGAGUCGAAUAUUGCACAAUAUAGAGGAUGUUUUGCACAUGUACCGAAUAUUAAUAUCGGAGAUGGAGUUUGCAAGAAUUGUUAUGCCAAGAAAUACAAAUUUGUUACUGGCCUUUCCAUUAAUAAGGUAAAACGAAAACCUGGAUCCACACCUCAAACAACACAACCACAGGCACAACCAUCACUCCCUUCUUCCGCUUCUCAACAAUCCCACACACCCUCUUCGAACUCUUCAAAACCUCCUUACCUUACGAGCAAUGUUGCAACCAAUGUUGUACCACCGACCUCACAUUCACCUCCACCCUUGAAAAAAAAUUCUACAGCACCCCCAUUGUUGCCAACGGCCACGAAAGUAGGAAAUUAUCAAAAACAUCAUUCCUUGUAUACACAACCACCUGUAUCGAGUGCUUAUCAUCAUCAUCAUGCAGGUAUUGCUGGAUAUAUUUCUCCAUCGGUAGGGGAAAAUCCGAUGUCUGGAUAUCCCUAUUGUGAAGGAGAAGUCUAUAGUAGUGGAAAUAGUAGUGAGAAUGCUCAUCAUCAUCAUGAAGGAUAUUAUCAGCAACAGCAACAACCCGGAGAGAUGUACACUCAUCAACAAUAUUCCUCUCAAUAUCUACCAGCUCAACACCGAUUAUCUUCGCAUGAGACGAGAUCAUCUCCAACUCAUAGUAGAGAGUAUUUAUAUCAUCCGUAUAGUCGACCUACAUCAUCACAGCGCUCUAAUUACGACUAUCACUCGUCAGUAGCACAUCAGCAACCAUACGCACCUUCACCUUCUUCCUAUCAUCAUGCCGAUGCAUAUCGUGCACCUCCCGUCAUGACUCAGAGAGGAAGUAGAGCAGUUUCUCCAAUUGUACGAGCAUCGAAUGGUCCAUACUAUAGUACACCAGAGCAUUCGGUACAACUCAUUGAGAGAACUUCACCGUACAUGAAUUCAAACUCUCCUCCCUAUCAUACAUCACCUUCCAAUGAGCUUGCAUACUCUGGCUCUUCAGGAGAUGCUUCUUUUCCUGCAAUAAUGACAGCAUCUGAUUCCUCUAAUAGAAGAGAAAGUAAACAUUCCUUACCUUCUCAUAGAUAUCAUCCAUAUGCAUCUUCAUCCAAUCCGUACUCUCGCUCUUCUGAGUCUCAGAAUGAUGGUGUUAACAAUCCUGUAAUGAACUCAUCCGUACCACCAUCAGAGAUUUCACCACCUGCAUUAUCAAGAAAUCUCCCAUAUGGUGUGGUUGCUACUGGAGUUGCUGUAUCGUCCCAAGAAACACGCAGGCGGGAAACGAGAAUUUCUCAAUACGAUCCACUGAAAGACACUACCAAUGCUCCCAACAAUUUGCCAGAGGGUGUACAAAGUAAGCAAGAUCAUCGCAUUACAGAAAAUGUGUCAGCCAAUGAUGCAAGCAGAAGUAAAUUACCUAGCGUCAAGGAUUUGCUAAAUUUUCCCAGUGAAACAGACAGUAAUACUGGCGACCCGAGUGGGAUGAAGGAAGCAAAAAAUCAAAACGAAAAGCAGCAGUUUUCUUUUUUUUCUGAGCUCAUAGAUGACACCUCCAAAAAGAAAUUACCAAUGAUUGAUGAAAAGAAUCAAAUGGACAAGCUCAAUUUAAAGGAUAUUUCACAACAACGAAUGGUGGACAUUAUUCUUUCAUUUGUCAACGAGAAGGUGUCAUCAGAAGCAAUUUCUACGAGAAUGUCAAUUCCAAGACGUGUCACACUCUCUGACUUACGUGAAAACAUUAAUGAACGAGCAAGAAAAUGCUACAUGAUGGAUGGAUGCUUGACUCACACUCCAAAUGUUGGAAAUAUUUUAUGGAAGAGAGAUGAACGUAAUUUUAUCGAAAUUGAUGACAAUUUUUGUUUGAGCAAUAGGUUUGAAAAUAACGACAUGCUACGAGUGGUUUUGCAGCUAACAGAGUAA